CUGAAGCACAUACCUUGUCGGCUCCGCCUUCUUCUCCGACGAGUGCGCCUUCUCGUGGAGUCCGCUGCCGCCCUGCGAUCGACGCGCCUCCGCCUCGCCGUCGCCGGCGUGCGGGCACCCAACAACGCCUAACACUUCCCCACCAACUUCUCCAAGCCCCCCGCCGGAAUCCGAGGAAUCCGACGCCUCGCCGCGACGGAUGGAAGGAACCCACCUGGUCCAGCCGGCGGUGGCGGCGCUCGUCGCGGCUUUCGUGGCGGCCAGAGCCUACCGGCGGAAAUCGCUCGACCUCUCCGGGGCGCUCGCCGGGUUCCUCGUCAUGGCCGUCCACAUCGCAGCUGGGUACAGGUACGGAGCCAUGCUGCUCGUUUUCUUCUUCAGUUCAUCGAAGUUGACCAAAGUCGGGGAGGAGAAGAAGCGCGAGGUUGACGCUGAUUUUAAGGAGGGUGGACAGAGAAAUUGUGUCUUUGCUUUCUGGAACACACAAGCGGCGAUCCUGUUUUUUAGUGGUAGGCUAGGCUUCAUUAUGGCAGAUUCUGGUGAGGCUAAGCAGGCAGAACCAGGAAAUUUGGAGGAGACAGUGUGUAGCUUUUUCAGGAAGCCAUCAAGAAAUAAGAAUAUCAGGAAGCGGGAUGGUUGAAGAAGACGAUGAUGAAGAUUCCAAGAUGGAGAGUUCAGUGUUACAUAAUCAGAAGAAACCUCAAAGGACAGGCAAUAAGCUGUAUUUUUCAACUGGAUCCUCCAAGAGCUCUGUGUCUGCAGAAUCAACCUUUGAUUCUGAUAAGUAGAUUCUGAAGAAAGGAGAAGAUUGCAUAUUUUACUCUAGAAAGUAAAACCCUUUUCAGCAUAUUUACCGAGCUCACCAUACCUUAUGAAUUCGUGGGCAUUGGCAAGAAGUGCAGCUUUUCUUAUUUCCGAUUCUCUAGCAUCUUCUUUUCCAAUUGUAUGAAUGUAUUUCUUAAACAUUUACUUCUCUC